AUCAUGUCCUGCGUGGGCUUCGCCGUGGGCCUGGGCAACGUGUGGCGCUUCCCCUACCUGUGCUACAAGAACGGCGGAGCCUGGGCCUGGAACACUGGGUGCCUGAGCCAGGCUUGGGAAGCCUGCAGCCUGGGCCGCCUGGCGCCGCCGCUGGACACACUGCAUGCACACCCCAUGCCCGCCCGCCUGCCCGCCCCAGCCCAGCUUAGCAACAGCGAUGGGCACGCGUGUGUCCUGUGACUGCAAAGCAGCACCAGGGUUGGUGGGAAGCCGCAGUGACUAGAUGACGGGUGGGAAACUGAGGCCCAGAGAGGAGGCCUUUGCCCAAGGUCACAAGCAAGAAGGAUGCUGAGACCAGAAGCCGAGCAAGCUGCAACCAAGCUGAGCUUUUGAGUAGUGGAGAGUGCCGAGCGGGGGCAAGGGCGGGGGCCCGGAGAGGAGAAGGGCUCCCCCAGCCUGAGGGCCCUGCCCGCCGCCCCCAACCUUGUCUCCUCUGUCCUUGCUCACAUGCCCUUUCGGACACCCUCCCCUCUGCCCACUGGCAGACGACUGCUGCCCACCUACCCACCCACCCUCUCCCCUGCACCUUCACACUUGCAGGCAAGAGUCUGGGUGCCGGGAUAGGCCAGGGCUCCCUUCCCCUCGCCCAAGCUCGGCAGGUCCCCGGGCCUGAGCGCCGGCCACGGAGUGGCUUGUGUCCACAAGUGCGUGUGUCCUCCGUGCCCAUUAGUUAGGGCACCGUAGGUGAGUAGGGGCAGAAGCCUUGUUAGGGGACCCCGAGCCCAGGAAACAGGGCUCUAAGGGCCCAGGAAACAGGGCUCUAAGGGCCCAGGAAACAGGGCUCUAAGGGCCCAGGGGCUGCCGUAGGCCCCUCGACACUCCACCUCCCCAAGACUGUUCACCUUGGGCCCCUGAGUCAGCAGCCACCCCUUGCACUGAUUCACUCAGUGGGAAGUUAUGAUGGGGCCCGGGUGGAGCCUGCAGCUGGGGCCCCACCCGCCUCCCAGGGCUUCUGAAAGCCAGGCUGCCUGGCCUGGCCUGGCUGAGGAGUUUGGGUCAAGUCCCCACCUGGCUAAGGGGCCGCCCUGUGCAAGUGGCCACCUGGAGCUUCGUCCCCCAGGUGUGUUCCUUAUUCCCUACAUCCUGAUCGCCCUGGUCGGAGGAAUCCCCAUUUUCUUCUUGGAGAUCUCGCUGGGCCAGUUCAUGAAAGCCGGCAGCAUCAACGUGUGGAAUAUCUGCCCCCUGUUCAAAGGCCUGGGCUACGCCUCCAUGGUGAUCGUCUUCUAUUGCAACACCUACUACAUCAUGGUGCUGGCCUGGGGCUUCUAUUAUUUGGUGAAGUCCUUCACCACCACGCUGCCCUGGGCCACGUGUGGCCAUACCUGGAACACUCCCGACUGUGUGGAGAUCUUCCGCCACGAAGACUGUGCCAAUGCCACCCUGGCCAACCUCACUUGUGACCAGCUUGCUGACCGCCGGUCCCCUGUCAUCGAGUUCUGGGAGAACAAAGUCUUGCGGCUCUCCGGGGGGCUGGAGGCUCCGGGGGCCCUCAACUGGGAGGUGACCCUGCGUCUGCUGGCCUGCUGGGUGCUGGUCUACUUCUGUGUCUGGAAGGGGGUCAAGUCAACAGGAAAGGUCGUGUAUUUCACCGCUACAUUCCCCUACGUGGUCCUCGUCGUGCUGCUGGUGCGGGGAGCGCUGCUGCCUGGAGCCUUGGACGGCAUCAUCUACUAUCUCAAGCCUGACUGGUCGAAGCUGGCGUCCCCUCAGGUAUGGAUAGAUGCCGGGACCCAGAUUUUCUUUUCUUACGCCAUCGGCCUGGGGGCCCUCACGGCCCUGGGCAGCUACAACCGCUUCAACAACAACUGCUACAAGGAUGCCAUCAUCCUCGCACUCAUCAACAGCGGGACCAGCUUCUUCGCUGGCUUCGUGGUCUUCUCCAUCCUGGGCUUCAUGGCCACAGAGCAGGGCGUGCACAUCUCCAAGGUGGCGGAAUCAGGGCCUGGCCUGGCUUUCAUCGCCUAUCCCCGGGCCGUCACGCUGAUGCCUGUGGCCCCGCUCUGGGCCGCCCUGUUCUUCUUCAUGCUUCUGCUGCUUGGCCUCGACAGCCAGUUUGUAGGUGUGGAAGGCUUCAUCACCGGCCUGCUGGACCUCCUCCCGGCCUCCUACUACUUCCGUUUCCAAAGAGAGAUCUCCGUGGCCCUCUGCUGCGCCCUCUGCUUUGUCAUUGAUCUCUCCAUGGUGACCGAUGGCGGGAUGUAUGUCUUCCAGCUGUUUGACUACUACUCGGCCAGCGGCACCACCCUGCUCUGGCAGGCCUUCUGGGAGUGCGUGGUGAUCGCCUGGGUGUACGGAGCCGACCGCUUCAUGGACGACGUGGCCUGCAUGAUCGGGUACCGACCUUGCCCCUGGAUGAAAUGGUGCUGGUCUUUCUUCACCCCGCUGGUGUGCAUGGGCAUCUUCAUCUUCAACACGGUGUACUACAAGCCGCUGGUCUACAACAACACCUACGUGUACCCGUGGUGGGGCGAGGCCGUGGGCUGGGGCUUCGCGCUCUCCUCCAUGCUGUGUGUGCCCCUCCACCUCCUGGGCCGCCUCCUCAGGGCCAAGGGGACCGUGGCUGAGGUCAGUUCCCCGCGCCCCGUCUCCCGCACACCAUCCCACCCUCCCGUUGGGUCGAGACAUGACCUCCAGAGCGCCCUGCCCCUUCUCCCACCCGCCGCCGCCGCCGGGACAGACCGUCGUGCCCGGAGCCUCUGGGCCUGCCCGGAGCCUCUGGGCCAGCUCGGACGGGGGGUGUACGGGAGGAGAGUUGGCCCUCCAGGGCCUCGCUCAGGUGGUGGCGGCGGCGGAGGAGAGGCCUGUCCCUAGCCUCUGUUCUAGCAGCCACUCGGCCCUCCACUGAACCCUAUUUCCCUAGCGUAGGGAGCGGGGCCUGGUCAGGAGGGGCGCGGCCGGCCCCGGGCCCCAAGUUGGUGGCAGGCGGCGGGAAGUGGAGAGAGGCCAGGGACAAGCAGGUGCCCCUCCCCAGGGACUCAACGUGUGUCCCUCUCU